CGCAGCGGGUGACGCGGCGGAAGGGGCGGGGCGCGGCGCCAUGGCGGAGCUGGACUUGCUGGGCUCCAUCCUCAGCGCCAUGGAGCGGCCGCCCGGGCUGGGCGACCAGGAGACGCGGCGCCGCGCGCGAGAACAAGCCGCCCGGCUGAAGAAGCUGCAGGAGCAGGAGAAGCGGCAGAAGGUGGAGUUCAGAAAGAGGAUGGAGAAGGACGUGUCUGAUUUCAUCCAAGACAGCGCACAGACCAAAAAGAAAUUCCAGCCCAUGAACAAGCUAGAACGCAGCAUCCUGCACGACGUGGUGGAAGUGGCCGGCCUGACGUCCUUCUCCUUCGGUGACGAUGAGGAGAGUCGUUAUGUCAUGAUCUUUAAGAAGGAGUUCGCCCCGUCGGACGAGGAGCUGGAGGCCUAUCGCUGUGGGGAGGAAUGGGACCCACAGCGGGCCGAGGAGAAACGCCGCCUCAAGGAGCUGGCUCAGAGGGAGGCGGAGCAGGAGGCGCUGAGGGGCCCGGCCGUGGUGAACCCCAACACCGACUACAAGGACAAGUACAGUCACCUCAUCGGCAAGGAGGCCGCCAAGGACGCCGCCCACACCAUGCAGGCCAACAAGGCGUACGGCUGCGUUCCCGUGGCGAACAAGCGGGACACGCGCUCCAUCGAGGAGGCCAUGAACGAGAUCCGGGCGAAGAAGCGGCUGCGGCAGAGCGAAGACGAGGGGCCGGGCGGGGCCGGGACCUCCUAGUG